UGUAGCUAACAUGAGCGCGCAUGAUCGUGGUCGCGACGAUGCGUCCAUUCACAAGCGCCGCCCUUCAGUUCGACUCAAAUUUUCUUCUGAACGCACGCCCGGGGACAAUUUCCCGCGCUUUCCGAACCCCGAACUAAUUUGAAUUCAAAUUGUUAAGUUCGCGCGCCUGUGUGGCCAGUUAUUAGUGAAAAAGUGUAGUACGUGUAAAAAGUUUGAAUAUCUGGCAAGUUUAAAUUAUUUAUUGAGUGUUGGUUACGGUAAUAAGAAAGUUUUAUUUUUUGUUUUGCGGAUUUAUUUUGUUGGUGCGUUCUCCGUUUUUUAUUAGGUGAUAUUCGUACAUAAGUGUAACAUACAAAAAUACGAGUGAAAAGUGAGAAUCAGUGUUACUUCUCUUAAAAUUAGUGUUCAAAGUGUACAUAACAUCGCGUAAUAAUAGUUCGUAAAUAUUAUUUUCGUAAACAAAAUGCUAUAAGCGUGCGUUCAGCAGACGUGUGUUCCCCGCGGCGUCACCACGAGGACUGCGACUAAACAGCGAUGGCUAGGCCUGAGGUUGUGCGAUGAGCCGGCCGAAGAGGAGGGGAUGGACGAGCCUAGCGCCGCCAAGCGGCCGUCAGUGCUAACUAUAGACAGAGCUGCCUUCUUGCUCUUGAGAGUCAAGAGGGCUUUCAAGAAGAAGCGGCAACAGAGGAAAGAGAAACAUGCGGCGGCGGCAGCGGCGGCGGCGGCGGAGGCGCUCGGCGGGGGCGGUCGGCGCGCCCCCCCGCCCCUGCUGCGCUCGCGCACGCUGCCCGCCAUCAUAGCGCCCGGCUUCUCUAUACUGCAUGCUCAAAUCGAUCCACAACGAACUAAUGACAUAACACAAAGCCAGAUGCUAUGUCGCGGCGUAUCAGGCCACAAAGUGGGCGGGCUCCGUGCGCACGCGCCUCGGAUCUCGUUCACCAGCAAGGACGAGCCGGACCCGCACGAGUUGCGGCGGAAAUCCGCGAGCAGUCGUCUCGGCAGCUCACCUAGGAGUAGCAUUGCUAGCGAGGAGAGAGCUGAUGGCGUUGCGCUUAGAGUACCAACACCUCGCGGCUCAGUAUCUAGUACGAGCAGCACAAGCACCGGCUCCCGCCUCGCCAGGCUACUGACGCAGGGAGUCCGCGGGACUCCUGAGGACAUCGCCAUCGAUACGCCUCGGAGACUCAGUUGGGAACGAGUACCAACAACUCGCGGCUCAGUAUCUAGCACGAGCAGCACAAGCACCGGCUCCCGCCUCGCCAGGCUACUGACGCAGGGAGUCCGCGGGACUCCUGAGGACAUCGCCAUCGAUACGCCUCGGAGACUCAGUUGGGAACGAGUACCAACAACUCGCGGCUCAGUAUCUAGCACGAGCAGCACAAGCACCGGCUCCCGCCUCGCCAGGCUACUGACGCAGGGAGUCCGCGGGACUCCUGAGGACAUCGCCAUCGAUACGCCUCGGAGACUCAGUUGGGAACGAGUACCAACACCUCGCGGCUCAGUAUCUAGCACGAGCAACACAAGCACCGGCUCCCGCCUCGCCAGGCUACUGACGCAGGGAGUCCGCGGGACUCCUGAGGACAUCGCCAUCGAUACGCCUCGGAGACUCAGUUGGGAACGCACGAGCAGCACAAGCACCGGCUCCCGCCUCGCCAGGCUACUGACGCAGGGAGUCCGCGGGACUCCUGAGGACAUCGCCAUCGAUACGCCUCGGAGACUCAGUUGGGAACGGUAA